GGAAGCUUGAUCUUAGGCGCGUCAACACCAAACUUAUACACACCUUAAGACGCGUCUUUAUAGACAUGUUUCAACAGCAGCAUAUAUCAUAUAUGUAAAGUUUCAAAGUGGAAAAAGCGAAGGACAUCGGAUCUUGUCAAUCAAUUGGAUUGCUGGAUUAGAAUUGAUUCCUAAAUAAAUUAGUUUGGACUUUGGACUCGGAAUUGCGUGCAAUACAGCCCUGGGCAGAAUACUACGCAGAUUCUAGGCUAAAUCGAGCUGAAGCGGGACAAAACAAACAUACCAAAAUUAUCCGAGUCUAGGUUGACAAUACAGCAACGUGAAGACUAGUUCAGGUAGUCAACAUUCAACCACUCACCUAGGUUUAUAAUCGAAGACGCUAUGGUAUGAAAAGGAUAUAAAAGUAGCCCGAGAACUUCAUGGACUCCUCGGCGCCUAAGAGGCGAAAAACAUCGCCCACCACCAACAUCCCCGUAGGCGCUUCGACUAUACCGCCCUCAGACGAGCCAAAUAAACGACCUACACGACGACAGAUCCAGUCUUUCGCAUCACCAACCAAGGCUAGUCUUGCGCGAUCACAUCCUGACAUCUUGGAGAGAAGGAAUGCCUCCCAAGUGCGAUCUUCCAACGAUACACUCCCUGCGCCAGAAAUCAAUACUGGAACAGGCGAUAGAAAUGAUGCCGCCUUUCAGGGAGAAUCGAGCAUCCCGCCACUAGGAGACAAUGCAGCAGCAAACAAUCGUAAUGCACAACAAGAGCAAACUCCCUCAGUCGAUUGGCCCGCCAGUCCGGUUCGACGCGUUACUGGAGCUAUGGCCUCUAGACCGCGAAGAACACCGAAUAAGCCUUCACCACGCCCUUUACCACGACCUUCGGGAGAAGAAGAAGAGUUGAUAAAUCCAUUUCGAGGUCGAGUGUUGCGACGUUCACCCGCUCCUGGUAGUGGUGCGCCGGAGCCGGAAGAGCCAGAACUCCCACCAACUCCAACACAAGUAGGCUUAUCGGACCCGGCCUCGAUCCAAACUUCUCCUGUGGGCAUUCACAAUACACCUACUAGACGUCCCAGGAGAAGUAGGGCAUUAGCCGAGAGGAUUAAGAGUUCUCCGCUCAAACAGCCACCUGUCUUUCCUGGAGGAUUCACCAACUUGGAAUUUACCAAGGAAUCUACGCGGGAAGAAUCUCCAUUACGGACAGUACAAAGAGCACUCAGAGCGCAGCCCCAGAAACGGAAAAGAAGGCGGAAGUCACAUCCGGCUCGUAAUAUUGAGGAACUAGACCCUCUAGCUGAGAGGAAAGGACUACGAGACUCACUGCUUGCGGAGAUCGCUAGCUUGAAGUCGGACUUGACCCUAGCUAUCCAAGAGAAUGAUCGGUUAUAUCAAGUACAGCAGUCAGGGCGAGCUAGUUCGACAUUGAAGGUGCCUGGAGACAAGGAUGGUCUUCUCGAUUUACUACGUCGGCAUGCAUUACCCCCUGAAAAGGAGACGCCUCCUCACCCGUCACAAGACUGGCUUGAAGUUGCUUUGAAUCCCAUUUCAUUCCUCCCGUUCAGUAAAACGAACCCUUCGCUUCCAUCCUUAUUUGCUCCCCAGCAGGAUCACGUGGAAGAGAAAAGUGAGGAGCUGCCGAUUUCCCACCAUCCGGUAUCCAUGACGGCAGAGGAGGAAUUGCCUUAUCUGCAAGUUUUUACCCCCUUAGCUUUUACCUCGACUAUAUCGAUCGUACCCCGAGACGAUCUGGCACACCUGGGGCCACCCUUGCAAAAACAUACCAUCUCGGCUUCAUCGGUACCUCCAGGUUUAUUUGCCGCCAAGAUCGAAAUGACGGUCAACACGAAAACACUAGCGAUUGCCGAGUUGAGCGUGCCCCGCCUCGAACCAACUGCGGCCGGCGAGUUGGGCCCAUUUGUAGAGAAGGUUGUCCAGGGCACAAGCACCAGCGCCCUGACGAGGAAUGUCAGCGUCGUGACUUGGGCGAUGAGCGAAUGGGUUCGUGUUGCUACAAAAAGAGCCCGAUUCUGGUGCGCCGUUGCGAGGGAACUGGGUACCCGUGAAGGCCUAGCGAAGUGCGCCAAGAAGAUGAGAAAAGGUCCGAAGAGGAAAGGUCGUCCAGGCCGACCACCUCUCGUGGACGAGGAUGGCGAGGAUGGCGAUGGGCUUGAGGCGCAAGCCGGUAAUAAGGGUAAACUGCGCUUCAGCAAAUCAGACCUGCUACCUAACCUGGGGAGGACCAGUUUCGACUUGGAGAUGUCAGACCCUGACGACCCGGAUGAAAUACCGAACGUUCGCAUCCAAUGGCGCAUCGACUUUGACUGGACGGGAGAAGCGCAGAGCAAGAUGGGGUUACUGGUUGGGGCACCAGCGAAAUGGCACGGCCACGAUACCAGGGGUAGCUUAACCAGUAUACCGGAUGUGUUUGACAAGUUGAUCCAGGAGAAUAGGGAACCGAUGGAAGCACUGAGAACGGUAGUCGCAUUACUGGUCGGGGAAGGAUGAAGAUGAAAAAUGAAGCAGGUACCUAGCAUCAAGUGUGCCGACGUAACACCUACCUACCUACCUACCUACUU